UCUACAUCCAGAGUUAACGAAAAAAUGAAGUUUAAAUUAAAAAUAAAAAUCAUUUAGUUUAAUCCAUACAUAUAUCGGCGGAAAGAAUUACUGUCAAAUACUUAAUUUUAGGGUUUUUAGUUAUUGGGUCAUACAAUGAGACGCACACAAUGGAGAUAAUUUCGAUUCUUCCCAUAUUGAGCAGACAAUUCGCUGGUUGUUACAGAAGUUUGUUUUGUAUGGUUCUCAACAUUCAUUCAAACAAUCACUUUGAAGAAAAAUUACUUGGAGGGAAAGAGAAGUGUUAAGAAGAAUCAAAGAGGGAGCUUUGACAUGUGAUGAAUGUUUUCUAAAUUGAGACUAUUGAAAAGGGAAAUAUGUGGCUCCCACAUAAUAAGGGAAGCCCUGGAAACAGAAGGGGCAAUGGGAAUGGAGUAGUUGCACUUGCUAUCGACAAAGAUAAAGGAAGCCAAUAUGCCAUCAAAUGGGCCACCGACAAUUUGGUUAACAGAGGCCAAACUAUUGUCCUUAUUCAUGUUGUCACCAAGCCUAUUUCUUCACAAUAUGGAAACUGUGGUGGUGUUCACGUCGUAGAUGGAAAUUUAUCAGCACACGGACAAAACCUUGAGAAACAAACCAAAGAAUUAUUUCUUACUUUCCAUUGCUUUUGUACACGUAAAGAUAUUCGUUGCUUGGAUAUUAUACUUGAAGACUCAGAUGUACCAAAAGCACUGACAGAAUAUGUAUCUAGUGCUGCCAUCCAGAGCUUGGUUCUUGGAGCAUCUAGGCAUGGCUUUAUCAGACGGUUGAAGGUUACAGAUAUACCCAGUACUGUAUCAAAGGGAGCACCAGAUUUCUGCACUGUUUACGUCAUCUCAAAGUCAAAGAUCUCUUCUGUGAAAAAUGCUUCUCGCCCAGCACCUAUGGCAUCACCACUUUAUAAACAAAUACAGCAAUUGGAAGACCAUGUUAAUAGUAGUGGUUUUACCCCUACUGCACGUAGCAGGGGCAUCCAUAGUGGAUCAGUCGUGGACAGGUCGCAACGGCGGUCAUUCAUGACUGAUGAGAGUAAAAAAGUGGGGUCACCAUUUGAUAGACGAAGAGUCAUACCUUCAAGGAUUUUUUCUGAUCUUUCUGAAGCGGAUACUGAUUUAUCAUUCGUCAGCUCUGGUAGACCAAGCACAGAUCGUACAUCGUCCAUGAUGUAUGAUGGCAUGGACUCUGGUCGUAUUUCACAAAUAUCAACAAGUUCAGAUAGUAGCUUUGGCUCAGAGCGCUUGGGAGCUAGGGGUAGUGAGCUCAGUUCCUUCAACGACUUCUCAUCGUCCUCAUUUGAGACUGACGAUGGAGAGGCUGAAAUGAGAAGGCUAAAGAUGGAGCUCCAGAGGACAAUGGACUUGUACAGUACAGCAUGCAAGGAAGCACUGACAGCAAAACAGAAGUCUGUGGAGCUCAAUCUCUGGAGGGUAGAAGAAGAAAAGAGAUUGGAGGAGGCUCGUCUUGCAGAGGAAGCUGCUAAGGUAGCAGCAGAGAAGGAGAGAGAUAAAUGUAAGGUUGCCAUGGAAACUGCCGAAGCAGCUCAGAGACUAGCAGAACUUGAAGCAAAAAGAAGGGUAGAUGCUGAAAUGCAAGCCCAUAAAGAAGCAGAGGAGAAGGAGAAAGCAAUGAUGAACUUAGGUCUUGGUGAUUUUAGAUAUAGGAGGUACAACAUUGAAGAAAUUGAAGAAGCAACACAAUUUUUCUCUGAUUCUCUCAAGGUUGGAGAAGGAGGAUAUGGUCCUGUCUACAAAUGUUAUCUUGAUCAUACACCAGUAGCAGUUAAGGUCUUACGUCCAGAUGCAGCACAAGGAAGAUCUCAAUUUCAGCAAGAGGUUGAAGUCCUGAGUCGUAUGAGGCAUCCUAAUAUGGUACUGCUUCUUGGAGCUUGCCCAGAAUAUGGUUGUUUGGUAUAUGAGUACAUGGCAAAUGGAAGCCUAGAGGAACGUCUCAUGCGACGUGCAGAUAAACAUGCACUCUCAUGGCAGCUUAGAUUUCGUAUUGCAGCAGAGAUCGCCACUGGCUUGCUCUUUCUUCACCAGACCAAACCAGAACCUCUGGUGCACCGUGACCUCAAGCCUGGAAACAUUCUGCUCGACCAUAAUUUUGUAACAAAGAUUAGUGAUGUUGGACUAUCAAGGCUUAUCCCUCCUUCUACUGCUGAGGAGGUUACACAAUACCGGAUGACGUCUGCAGCUGGCACCUUCUGCUACAUUGAUCCAGAGUAUCAACAAACAGGCAUGCUUGGGGUUAAAUCUGAUGUUUAUUCCUUAGGAAUUCUUCUUCUACAAUUGAUAACAGCGAAGCCAGCAAUGGGCAUAACUCAUUAUGUUUCUCGAUGCGUUGAGAAGGGAGAUCUUAAAGAGGUACUCGAUCCUUCUCUUUCUGAUUGGCCAAUAGAAGAGACCUUGAAUUUUGCAAAGCUAGCACUCAAUUGUGCAGAACUGAGGCGGAAGGAUAGGCCAGACUUGGGCAAAGUCGUCUUGCCCGAGCUUAAUCGAUUGAGAGCAUUGGCCGAAGAAAAUAUGGGUCACUUGGUGAUGGGUGGCAGUGCUUGCCCCUCCCCCAGCCACAGCCAAGCAUCUACAUCACAGGAUCAGGGGAUGAAUAAUUGUAGUCAACCAGUACAUAUAUAAUUCAGAAUAGCAACUGCAGUUGUUUGCUAUUCUUCUGUUGUAUAUAGAAGGAUCGAAAGCUCGGGCCUGGAUGCCACCGAAGCUUAUCUUAGCUUAUUGCGACAUUGUUGUAUAUUGUGUUCAAUUUUUGUUAGAUUCCAAGGGCAGAAAGUUACUAAAACUCAAUUGGUUUAGUAGUGAUACGUGUAGUUGAUUGAGUGGUCAAAGGUAGAGUAUCAAAUAAUAUCUGCAUUGUAACUUGUAAUAGCUUUUUAACCUUAUGGUAGCGACAAUUUCAGUUCCAAGUGAGCAGUGAGCCCUAGACUUCUGGAUAACAGUUCUAGUGGAUGUUCACUUUAAUUGAGUUCUUGAAUAAUUUGAAUUGUCAACAGGAAUUGGCUUAGUAAUAGUAUACUAGAAUCAUUGUCUUGUAAAUUCCACUUUCCCACUUAUCGACCCUGGUGAAAAAAAGGGGGAAGAAGUUGUCCCUUGAUAUGAAAGUGAUUUCUAUCCA